GCGGUGGCCGCCUCCUGGGUUAUUUUGUUUUCUCCCCCCCCCCCCACCCCCGCUGCCCCGAGGUUCUGGUUUCUCGAAUCACUUGGCGAACAACCAGCAGGUGGGCAGAUGCCCUUUCCCGUUCCUACGGACGCGUGGGAAGGCCCAGUGCUCCGGAGUGAGCAGCCGGGCUCCCGUCUCUCGGCGGCUCCCGGGCGGUGCUAGCAGGGAAGAGGAACGCGCCGGAGGAUGAAAGGCUGCUGACCGGGAGAGCCUGCCUGGCCAUUCACCUGGGGGCGGCGAGCCUGGCAGCCCCGCGCCGCGGCGCCUCCGACCCGAACAGAUCGCGCCGCGAGCCCCGGGUUGCGCCGCGGCGCGCAGAAGUUGGAGGUGCCAGGGGAGACCAGCAGCAGCGCUUGGUUUAGCUGGGCUGCUGCGCAGAUUGCGACUGGUCCACUUCCCAGAAGCCGGAUCUCUCCAAGUCCGCGCCGAGGGACGCCGCGCCCCGGCUACCAGGUUGACCCGAGCGCACCCCCUUUGUGCUCUCGGUCGCGAUCUCUGCGCGGGGCCCCGGGGUCCUGGGCAGCCCAAGCAGUCGCAGCCCGAGUGUGUCCUCGGGGCGUCCGGGGAGGAGCCGGUGCGGCGGUUUUCGGGGCUCAGCCGAGGCCGCCGCGCCGCCUGCCGUAGGCACUCGGACUUCCUCUCCCCGGCGGUUCCGGGAGGAGAACCUCCAACAGCCGACUCCGCUGAAGUUUCCCUCCGGGGCGCGUUCGCCAAUCCCGAGAGCGCCCGGCGCGUGGGCUGGGACCCGCAGAGCGGAAACCUGGAAGUGAGCCGCGGCGCAGGCGAAUCUGCGCAUUCCUGGUGGCAGUUCCCACUAGACCCAGCACAGAAAGCGGACAGGCUCGCUUACGAUAUUAGCACCUAGGGGCUCAUAGCGGCCUUUCCGCUCUGCAGAGGAGCACAGGGCGCUGCCUCGGCACCCACGCCGCGGGCCGCGUGGGAGAAGCCGGGGGAGGGUGGCGUGAACGGCCGGGGACCACGCGGAGAGAGGCACCGCCGCCGAGUCCGUUCCCCGCGGGGCGCCCCGGGCCCGUCGGCCGGCCAUGGCGGACAGCGGUGGCACGGGCAGCUCGGGCCCCUGGUGGAAAUCGUUCGCCAACAGCAGGAAGAAAGGCAAGGAAGCCACGGUGGGGGCGCAGCCUGAGGCCCAGCCCGCCCCCGGGGAGCCCGCGCCGCCCAGCCCGGACUGGACUAGCAGCUCCCGGGAGAACCAGCACCCCAAUCUCCUCGGGGGCGCCGGCGAGCCCCCCAAGCCAGACAAGUUGUGCGGGGAGAAAUCGGGCAACAGCCGCCGCAAUUUGAAGAUCUCGCGCUCGGGCCGCUUUAAGGAGAAGAGGAAAGUGCGCGCCACGCUGCUCCCGGAGGGAGUCAGGUCGCCAGAGGAGGAGGACUUCCCUGGGGACCCCCAAGAGGACAAGCAGUAGCCCAGCGCCCCGGAACUCUCUCUUCCGCCACUGCUCCCCCAACCUCCAGUUCUAAACCCGCAACUGCUGACCCAUUCCUGUACUCGGUGUCUGAUCCCACCAAGUUCAGAAUAUUCAUACAAAGCCUCCGUGAUUUUUUCUGGAAAUUGAAGUGUCAAUUGAGUUUUCAAUAUUUCAUGACUCAAGGAUGCGUUAAAUAUUUAUUUGUGGUAAGAGAAGGUACCUGCCGCUGAGGAGGUUGGCAUAAUUAAUUUUUUCAAAAAGCCACUCAGGGGCCUCAGCUCCUGUCUCGCGUCACCAGUGGGAGCGAGAAGGGUCCUUCUCUCAGAGAUGGUAACUCAACUUGAACUCCGCAGCCCCUCAAGUUUGGAAGGCACGCUCUUAUUCAGGACUCUGGAAAGCAAAUCACAUGUUUAAUGCCUGAAAAAUGCACUUUAGGGGUACUUCCAUAGACUUACACCUUAAGCGAAGGGGUGCGGGAGAGAAGCAUUAAGUAGAAGCGUUUUAAAGUAAGGCAGGGUUGCUUUUAAUGUGGAACUACAAAACUGUACCGCCUGUUUUAGUGUGGGCUAUUAAAAUUGUUGCACUGUGA